CACACCGGAAGUAAGCAGCACAAGCUUUUAACUCUACGCGGUAUACACAUAUGGUCAUUUCCGGCGCCAUUAAACAACAAUAAUGUCUGCAGUUCCGAGUUUGAGAGAGUUUGUCAACGAGAGACUGACUGCUGCUGCUGAAGAAAUAUUGGGAGUUUUUGAAAGAACUAUCGUCGAGUACGAGGAAGAGAUUGAUCGUCAGCGCAGACUGUUGAACAUCUUACCCACAAUAAAGUUACACAGGAUAGAGCUCCCUCAGCAACAUGUCUGUAAGGAGGAGGAGGUUUUCUCUGAGCAGCAGCUCUGCAUUCAGGAGAAAAACUCCGGUCUGGACCAAGAGGACCCAGAGCCUCCACAGAUACAAGAGGAACAAGAGGAGCUGUGCAGCAGUGAGGAGCAGCUUGUACUGAAGCAGGAGACUGAUGACUUUAUGUUGACUCCGACUUAUAUGGAAAGUGAUCACAGUGAAGAUCAGACUCUGAACCGGAGCAUCAGUGACACUCAGCAGUGUAAUGUAGCAUCAGAAGAAGGGAUUGUAUACACAAACAGGGACCACCAGCUCCUCUCUCACAACUCUCCACUAGCUGAGAGCCAAGAUCAGAAAGUUGGCAAGCAUGGAGACUCAGGAUCAACUCACGCAGAGCCAGAAGUAAACCAGCUAGAUAACAUUAUUCAAAGUCAAAGCUACAAUGUUAACAGCACUACUAAGUCAAUAUGUCAUCAAUUAAAAUGUGACAUAUGUGAAAAGGAUUUUACGUACAAGUCUAAAUUGCAGAGUCACCUGAGAGUCCACACAGGUGAGAAGCCCUAUUUUUGCAAAAUAUGUGGGAAAGACUUCAAACUUCAAUAUAACUUAACCGUACACCUGAGAAUCCAUUCAGGCGAGAAGCCGUACGAUUGCAAGACCUGUGGGAGAGAUUUCAGUGAUAUAUCUGCAUUGAAGAGUCAUCUAAGAACCCACACAGGAGAAAAGCCAUUUUCUUGCCAAACAUGUGGAAAACAAUUCAGUCACUCAACAUCCUUGACUAUUCACAGUAGAACCCACACAGGUGAGAGGCCAUAUUCCUGUGAAACAUGUGGCAAAGGAUUCAAAUGUAGUAGUGAGUUAAAAGUCCACAUGAGAAGCCACACAGGUGAGAAGCCAUUUACUUGCCAAACAUGUGGAAAACAAUUCAGUCACUCAACAUCCUUGACUAUUCACAGUAGAACCCACACAGGUGAGAGGCCAUAUUCCUGUAAAACAUGUGGCAAAGGAUUCAAAUGUAGUAGUGUGUUGAAAGUCCACAUAAGAAGCCACACAGGUGAGAAGCCGUGCCUUUGCAAGUACUGCGGACAAAGAUUCAGUAACAAUUCAACAAUGACAAGGCAUUCAAGAAUCCACACAGGUUAAAAGUUGUGUAUUUACAAAAUAUGUGGGAGAGUUUUCAGACAGAGCAGUGGUUUGUUGAGCCACAUCAAAAAAGUCCAGACUGGUCACACACCUGAGGAUCAAUAUACACAGGAGAAACCAUCGAGCUAAAACUGCUGUGGGAAAAUGUUCACAAACAUAAUGAAAUCCAGUUUGCAGAAGCUACAUCUCUUUAACACAAUUACCAACAUGUUUUAAAGGUCACCUAUUAUGCAAAAUCCACUUGUUCAUGUCUUUUAUACAUAAACAUGUGUCCCCUCUGUGUAAAGAGAUUCUGAAAGUUUCAGUUAAAAAGAUUUGCUCACGUUUUGUCCUGAUCCAAAAACCUGUCUGAAAAUGAGCUGAUUUUGGCCACUUUAUGAUGUCAUAACGAUUUUUUGGCUUGUGUAACCAUUAGCCAAUCACCAACCAAGGUAACACCCCCACCGUAUCCCCUGAAUCUCCUCUUAGAGCACCAUUGUGUUCUUUUUAACCAAAUAUCUCUCAUAGGGGCGUGGGGAGUGGCUCCUUAUUUUCAUCUAAAGUAACAGACAGAGAAUCAGCACUUUUGAAACAGGGCUGUAACAGAGGGGUUUAUGGGAUGCUACAAUGCAUGAUCUGUUUGGUAUUUGGAGCCAAACACUUCAGAGACAUGUUUUGUAUAUAUCUGAGACCUAUAAUAUAUUGAUGAAAAACAGUAUAAUAGGGGACCUUUAAAUAAAAGAGAUUUAAAUACUUGUAAAUGUUCCCUUCAUUUGACUGUUCUACUUACACUGAUCAGCCAUAACAUUAUGACCAACUGCCUAAUAUUAUGUAGGUCCCCCUUUUGCGGACUCCACUAGACCUCUGAAGGUGUGCUGUGGUACGAGGACUGACCACUGCAGACCAGGAUUACCCCACAAGAGCAGCCGUUUUGGAGAUGCUCUGCCCAAGUCGUCUAGCCAUCACAAUUUGUCCCUUGUCAAAAUCGCUCACAUCCUUACGCUUGCCCAUUCUUCCAACACGUCAACUGGAGGACAAAGUGUUCACUUGCUACCUUAAAUAUUCCACCCACUGACAGGUGCCAUUGUAACGAUAUAAUAAAUGUUAUUCACAUCACCUGUCAGUGGUCAUAAUGUUAUGGCUGAUCAGUGUAUACCUUACUUUAUAUAUUACUUAAUUGCAUAAUUUAGGGUAAAUGUUAUUUCCACAUUCAGUUCACAGUAGUGACUGUAGAAACAAUGGUGUGAUCUUGAUGGAUGCUGGUUUUGUCUGAAUGUUUAUUGAUGAAGCAGCUUGAAUGUAUUUUUUAUAAAAGUGCAAAAAGGACAUUCAACCCAUUUCUAUCAAACAACAAAAUAACAUGAAAAGUUAUGCAUUUGUAAUGCCAUCAUCUGCUAGUGUUUUGAAAGUGUUUGUGGUAGGAGUGAUUAUAUGCUCCUCUUGGAUUUUGAAUAAAAUAAUUGAGGCAG